GCCACCGGCUAUGAAUUUGUUCUCCGAGAACGAGCAGACGACUUUUCACCUCGGACCGCGAGUUCCUAUUUCUACUUUCAUUCAGCUUGCCGGACCACUUCGCGAAGAAUAGCUUUCUUCGACUCACUCAUUUUCUACAAUUUAUUAUUUAUUAACCAGUGCUCUUCUUCAAAUGAGAAUUCACGAGUUUAUUCGAGCUUUUCACCAACAUACCCGAUUCCAUCCAUUUUAAAAUGAUCGUGACCACUUCUCUGAACCCCUUGUGCUCCGGGCGCAGGUGAUAUUUGCUUUCCAUGAAAAUUUAUGCUCGACGAACGGAGUCGCAUCAAUUGGCAGAUGAUUUCCUCCCUCGCCCGUUCGUCUGGGAAAGAAAAUAAAUAGAAGCGAUCUACUGGACGCAGAGAAAUGGAAUUGCCCUCCGCUGUUUUGAUGACAUUUUUUGUCUUCUGCUAUUUUGUCGACGGCAGUAUUCACAGGAGCAGAAGACAAGCCGAAUUCUUCUCGCAAGAAGUGACGCAUUUCGAUUUAAUUCAGCCUACAAAAGUGACAUCAGACGGACAGUUUUUGACCUACGAUGUUAGACAUCAGACGAAACUUGACCGCAACGGACGUUUCCGUAGGUCCGUGACAGGCGGCGACCACGUGCAUUAUUCAGUGCACCUCGAUGGCGUCCAGAUUCUCUUGAAGCUGAAGCCGAAUCUCCGCCUGUUGAGUCCUGGCAUGGUGGUCGAAAGGAGGGGGAGGCUGACUCGUCUCACGCCCUCCAAGCACCACCGGCGACAUUGCUUCUUCCACGGGAAUAUCGUGAAUAAUGUGAUAGAUUCUCACGCGGCCCUCUCCACUUGCGAAGGUCUGAAAGGCUUGAUCCGAAAAGGUAAUGAGGAGUACUUCAUAGAGCCUUACUUCGCCCAUCCCUUCAAUUCGUCUGCCGGUCAAACGCACGUCAUCUAUAAACGAUCAGCUCUGAGAAGACCGCAGAUCGAGAUGGAAGGCUCUUGUGGAAAUGUAGAUGCCGAUUUCGGACUUUCGUUGCUAGACAGAAAAAGGGAGAGUUCUGCGCCAACGAGAGGGCGCAGCAGGAGGAGGAGGAGGAGGUCAGUCAGCUCAGAGAGGAACGUCGAGACGCUGGUCGUAGCAGACAAAAUGAUGGUGGACUACUAUUCUGAGGAGGACAUCGAAACCUACAUUCUUACGGUCAUGAACAUGGUGUCAUCACUGUACCACGAUGCAAGCAUCGGCAACGCCAUUAAUAUCGUACUAGUCAGAUUGAUUCUCAUUGAAACGGAGGAUCAAGAGAAAGCCGAGGAACUGAGCAUAAGUCAACACGCCGACGAUACUCUUCGCAGUUUUUGCCGCUGGCAGAAGUUUGUGAAUCCAAAGGAUGACACGCAUCCCAACCACCACGAUGUGGCCAUCUUACUCACCAGGUACAACAUCUGCACAAAAGCGAACGAGCCUUGCAGUACUUUGGGUCUUGCAGAAGUUGCCGGGAUGUGCCAACCACACAGAAGUUGCAACGUCAAUGAAGACACUGGCUUAGCACUUGCUUACACAGUAGCUCACGAAAUGGGACACAAUUUUGGUAUGGCUCAUGACGGUCCUCACAAUGGAUGCCAGGCCCCCUUCGGUGAACGGCAGCACGUGAUGUCACCACACCUCAAUUCCGACACCAGUCCUUUGGUUUGGUCCAAUUGCAGCAGAGAUGAAAUCACCAAGUUCCUCGACCGUGAUUGGGGCAACUGCCUGGAUGAUGAGCCCUCCGACCACGAGUUCUAUUUUCCCGAGUUGCCACCCGGGGCGAUGUAUGAUGCUCAUCACCAGUGCCGUCUGCAGUACGGGCCGGAUGCUGAACACUGCGAAGGAAUAGAGGAUGUGUGCCAAACGUUAUGGUGCCGACAAGAUAACAAGUGCGUUACACGAUUGGAGCCUGCUGCCGAAGGAACACUUUGUGACAGAAAUAUGUGGUGUCAGAUGGGCAGGUGCACGGAAAUCGGGGAGCGGCCAGAGGCCAUAGAUGGCGAGUGGGGACAAUGGGAGGCAUGGUCACCCUGCUCCAGGACUUGCGGUGCCGGCGUCAGCCUCUCUCAGAGACACUGCGACAACCCUAUGCCCGCUGGAGGUGGGCGUUAUUGUAUUGGGGAGCGGAAACGUUACAAAAUGUGCAACACCCAGCCCUGUCCAGAGAACAGUCCCAGUUUUCGAGCAGUACAGUGCAGCGCCUACGAUGACGUUCCUUACAAAGAAGAGCUACAUACUUGGCUACCUGUGGCGACACCUAUGACCCCUUGCCAACUACACUGCAAGCCCGGCGGAAAAUUCUUUUCGGUGAUGCUGUCCGACACCGUUGCGGAUGGCACGGAAUGCAACCCCGGCACAAGAGACGUUUGCAUCAACGGAAAAUGCCGACACGUGGCUUGCGAUUGGGCUAUCGACUCGGAGGCGCAAGAGGACCGGUGUGGGGUGUGCCAUGGCGACGGGACGCAAUGCCUCACCAUCAGAGGGAACUUCACGUUGCGUUUGGGAUUAGGUUAUGUGGAGGUGGUGGAGGUUCCGAACGGCGCACGCAACGUGCGGGUGGAAGAGAAAGAGGAGGCCAUCAACUACUUGGCGGUGCAGGGUGAGAAUGGAGAGUUCUACCUCAACGGCAGGUGGUUCAUCCAGUGGAGCGGGGAGUACAGAGCCGCGGGCACUACUCUUUACUACCAGAGAGAUGGAGAGAAAGAGACUCUGCACAUACCAGGGCCCACCAAAGAGUCCCUGCGCAUUUUGUUGUUGUACCAGACCGAAAAUCCCGGUCUUGUUUACGAGUACACGAUUCCGAACAGAAACGCCACUCGACAACCCGAGUUUCACUGGACUUAUGCCGACUGGACAGUUUGCUCCGCUUCUUGCGGUGGAGGGCACCAAUCCUCGAAACCAAAGUGCAUGGAGAAAGAAGCCGGUCUGGUGGAAGACAAGUAUUGUGAUCCUGCUACGAAACCACUUGAAAAGACCAGAGACUGCAAUAAGCACCAGUGUCCUGCGAAAUGGUGGACAGGACCCUGGCAGCACUGUUCGGCAAGCUGCGGUCAGCGCGGCAUCCGGAAGCGUACGGUCAUCUGCGUCCGGUCGCUGCACAGAGACCAGCAAAUCGCCCUGUUGGACGAAGAUUGCGAUGUAGCGCUCAGACCUCUGGACUCGGAGCCCUGCCCUUACAAGAGACCGUGCCAUGGAGAGAGAGAGACCUGGGCAGCAUCGCAGUGGUCGGACGUGUGCAGCGACGAACCGUGCAACUUCCAGAGCCGACACGUGUACUGCAGUCAACCGGACGGCCGCUGCAAGGAGGAGGAGAAGCCAACCUCCCGCAGGCCGUGUGCCAACCUCACAUGCGGAGUGUGGGUCGUUGGAAACUGGUCUCAGUGUUCAACCACAUGUGGAGAUGGCAUCCGCAAACGAAAUGUGACCUGCCGUGGAGGGUUGCAGUGCCAUCAGGCAACAGAGCCUCCCCAAACCGAGGAAUGCCACAAUAAGCCUUGUGCAGACUCCAACGAAGAUUCCAAUUUCAUCCCUGUAAAUGAGCCCGUACCGAAGAAGAAUGGGCACAAGCACAGACACGGGCAUGAACUGAAAUCUAGUUCCAAAAAAAGUUCAAGACCUAGAUUUGUUGCUAAAGAUAUUAUUCAAAUCCCCCUGGUGGAACUUGAAACAAACGAAGAAGACGAUGGCGAGGAUGAGGGCGAGAGCGAGGACCAACUGACUGACAACGAAAUCGGACCACCCGUCCUCCAGAAAGAGCCUGCUCUCAUCCCUUACGUCUUUGAAGACGACGAAAUGGAUCAGGAUGGCAGUAGAUAUGCCUGGAAAGUCAGCGUCUGGACGAAGUGCUCUAAUCGCUGCGAUGGAGGAUCGAGGAAGCGAGACGCCGUCUGUCUGGAUACCGUUUCGAAGCACGUGGUUGUCGAGGAACUUUGCGAUGCCUACAAAAGACCCGUCACUCUCGAAACUUGCAACACUGAACCCUGCCUGGACUGGAUAAUCUCAGAAUGGAGUCAGUGUUCUACCAAGUGCGGCGAAGGGGAGAUGCGUCGGGAGGUGAGUUGUCCUCGUGCACACCUUUGCAACCCUGAUACGAAGCCGGAAGAAGCGGCCACCUGUUCCCUCAGACCCUGCAUAGACUGGGUAGAUGGGCCAUGGAGUCAAUGUUCCACUACUUGUGGUGGGGGCGUUCAGAUCCGUCACGUGAAAUGCGUCAACCUGACAUCACAAAGUUCGGCUACCGGCUGCUCUCUGGAGAUGAAGCCCAAUCACAGGCAGCCAUGCAAUUUAGAUCCCUGUCCCGAAAACAAAGCAGCCCUGAGCGAGUGCCGGGACAAGAUGGAGAACGGGCUCUGCAAGUCUCUGCGUCACAUGUGCGGCACCUGGUACUUUAAAGAGAAGUGCUGCAUCACGUGCAGCCGAAAGAGCAGACCCCCUCGUCGGCAACGUCCACCGCAUCAUCACUCGUAGCACGCGAGACGCUUUCUUCAGUUAUACCGAUAGAUUCAGUUGCCUCGUAGUCAAAAACAAGAAGUCGCACCGAAACACGGGAGAGCAGAGCCUCGAUGCAGCUUGUGAUAUUUUCCAGAUGCGUUGAACAACCCAAAAUGAAAUUUUCCAUUUUGAUUAAAAUUAUUCUCUUUUCGA